AUGCAUCAUCCGCACCCUGACGGAAAAACACCAACUUAUAAACUAAGAUACUUUGACCUCAGAGGAUUAGGAGAAGGAGCACGCCUUCUGUUUCAUUAUGCCGGGGUGCCCUUUGAAGAUGAACGUCUGAGCAAAAAUGAGUGGGAGACAUUUAAACCAAACACUCCAUUCGGUCAGAUGCCUGUUCUUGAAGUGGACGGUCAUAUGGUAGCUCAAAGUGCAGCUAUUUACAGAUUUCUGGGAAGACAGUUUAAGCUAGUUCCUGAAUGUCCAUUUGAAGAAGCACUGGUUGACUCAGUUUUCGAUGCCCAUAAAGAUUUUUGGAUUGAGGUCAGGCCGUUCUUCACUGUGGCAAUUGGCUCAGCAACUGGAGAUAAAGACAAACUGUUAAAAGACGUACUCGUGCCCGCACGAGAUAAAUAUUUCAAGCAAUUGAACAAAUUUCUGGAGAAGACAGGUGGCACUACCUUAGUGGGAAAAUCUGUGACUUGGGCAGAUAUUGUCAUUGCUGAUAGUCUAUUUAAUCUCCAUAAUCUGGUCCCCACUUUGUUCGACGGGUAUCCAAUGGUCAAGAAGUUGGUGGACAGCGUUCACAAAUUACCCGCUCUUAAGAAUUACCUUACCGAGCGUCCAACUGCAAAGUUCUAA